AAGGCCCAACAGAGCGGAGGGGCGGGCUGCCCUUCACCCCAAACAUUGGGGGAGAAGUGCCUCCCUGUGGCGUCCCUGCCUCCGCCCUGACACAUUGCAGGCCCAGGCUCCUCCUUCCGCCGCCGCCGCCACCGCCGCCGCAGUGACUGCUCGCUCUGCCUUUGACUCUUCGGUGCUGGGAAGGAGGCUGGGCUCGGAGGGAGGGAGGGAGGGAAGGAGGCGAGGCCGGGCCGGGCCGGAGGGAAGGAAGGAAGGAAGGAGGGAGGCGAGCGAGCGGCCAACAUGGCUGAUGACUUCGGCUUCUUCUCCUCCUCGGAGAGCGGGGCGGCUGCGGGGGCGCCUGUGGCGGCGGAGGAGGACCCGGCCGCAGCCUUUUUGGCCCAGCAAGAGAGCGAGAUCGCGGGCAUCGAGAACGACGAGGGCUUCGGCGCCGGGGGCGAGGCGGGGGACAGCCCCGUUGACUUGGAUGGCACAGAUGCCACUGUGAAUGGAGAUGUCUUUCAGGAAUCCAAUGGACCCACUGAUGCCUACGCAGCCAUUGCCAGAGCUGACCGGUUGACACAGGAGCCUGAAAGCAUUCGCAAGUGGCGAGAAGAGCAGAAAAAGAGGCUGCAAGAGUUGGAUGCUGCUUCUAAAGUGUUAGAACAGGAGUGGCGUGAAAAGGCCAAGAAGGACUUAGAAGAGUGGAACUUGCGGCAAAAUGAACAAAUGGAAAGGAACCGGGCCAACAACAGGAUUGCUGACAAAGCCUUUUACCAGCAGCCGGAUGCCGAUGUGAUUGGCUACGUAGCCUCAGAAGAAGCCUUCCUGAAGGAGUCCAAGGAAGAGUCACCUGGCACUGAGUGGGAGAAAGUAGCCCAACUCUGUGACUUCAACCCCAAGAGCAGCAAGCAGUCCAAGGAUGUCUCCCGCAUGCGCUCCGUGCUGAUCUCCCUCAAACAGACACCCCUGGCCCGCUAGCCUAGCCGAAAAGGGGGCCGGGGCCGGGUGAGGAGGCAGGAAGGUUGCUCUUUGGUUUCGCACAAGCUUGGAUGGCACCAGUGAGGGGAUGCCAAAGCAUCCCACCCUGCCCCUUCUGCUCUCUUCUCAGUAUGUUUGCAUCACUCAAAUUGGGUGGCUGCCUGGCUGUACCCCUCCCCUGGAUUUUACUUUGCUUAAAAGGGUGCAUUGGUAUCUUUUUACAUAUAUUUAUUAGUGGUGUGGUUCCUUGGGCAACUGCCCUCUUUGGUGCCCACCCCUGCUGCCUUUAGGAAAGGUCACUCCCUGCUUCAGAGUUGGGGAGGGGGCAUUCACAGGCUUUCCUGUCCCCAAGGCCUUCAGGCCUGAUCCUUUCAUGCUGUCAAACUUGGCCGGUAUUAUAGGUUAAAAAAUGAAAUACAAUCAUCUUUCUAUACCAGAUCUUGAAGGCAGCACCAAAUCUGAGCUUGAAGAGUCCCAGCUCUGCUUGCAAUUCCCGUAAUCAGGAAUGGUGAUGGCUAGGAAUUGCUUGCAGAUAGGAGUGAGUUGGAAUUCAGUAGUGCUUUCCAGUUGGUGCAAUGACAACCUUGGCCCAAACAAAGGGAACAUUGUGUUAGGAAGCUACACUUUCAAAGUAAAGUGUUCAGAAAGGGAGAGAACGUCGUGAUAAAAUUGAAAUCUGCUCAGUGCACUGAGGGUCUAAUGGAGAAUAUGAAAGAAAGAUCUGUGUGAAGUGACAAAAGAGGAUAGGGGCACCAGUAUCCAAAGCUAAUUGCUAAUUUCAAGUCGAGCAGGCCCUCCAAAGCAAUAGGGAAGUGUAACUAUUUGAUAAUUGCAUCAGUUGGCCUAUUCUAAUAGGGAUUAGCCCUUAGAUUUAGUUUGGGAUUCGUAAUUGUCUGGCCUUGCAGAUGUUAUUGGACUACAGUUCCCAGUAGUUGUAGCCAGUAGAAGCAUCAGUGAAGUAUGCUGGAAGUGACAAUCCAACAAUAUCUGGAGGACCUCACAGCCACGACCCCUGAUUUAGGCCCUUGCCAUCAUGGUAAGACCCACAGGAGGAUAAAAGUCAAAUACAUAGUUAUGUUAGUCUGGAGUAUCAGUAUACAAAGGGAUCUUACAGCACCUUUGAAAUUUACUAAAAAGGAGGUGUAGUGUAAGGUUUCACAGACUGUAGUAGACUAAGCCUUCAAACAUUUAUGCUACAACUUCUUUCAAUUAGCUUCAAAGAUGCUACAAGAUUCCUUUGUAUAAUAAGACCCACAGUUGAGCGUAAUGCUACUUUUCCUCUCACAAUAUAUUCCCGAAUGCAAGAGCCUACAUGAGCUUAGAAUAGAUGAUAAAAAGAAUAUAGAAUAUGAGUCCAAGCAGCUUAUUUACCUUAUUCAUCUGCACUUCUCAAACUGGAUUCUUCCAUAUUUGGUUGAAAAAUACUAAAUGCAAGAAUGUGGUGUGGGAAGUUAACAAAGGCUUUUCUUGCUGUGAUCAUUUUUUUGGGCUGUAUGCUUCUUAAUGGAGUGAAUGAAAGGGGAACAUGGUUCCCUCAGGCUCUUGAGUAUGAAAGCAUUGUCUGAGCAUCUAAGGACACCAGGGCUAAUUCUCUUAUCAGUACCUAUCAAGUCAAAACACUCGUUCAGAUAUUCCCAAAGCAUGCACAUGUGCACAUUUCCUCAGAAUUAAGUGUCAUGAAAUUUAGUGGGACUUACCUAAAUUGUCAGAAGGAUUAUUGUAAGUAGCCUCAGAGAAAGGCAAACCCCCACCCUGCCCUAAUAAAAUCUUGCCAAUAAAACUCCAUAGUAGGUUCACCUUAGGGGAAUCAUAAGUCAGACAUGAGCCGAGGCACACCACAACAUGUGUAGGACUACACUCUUGCAUAUUUACAAUUUCCACAGGAAGUUGAAUCUAAUCUAGGGGUAAAUAACUUGUGACCCUCCAAGUUUUUUUUAAUGGGGUUUUUUAUUUACCCCUAGAAUCUAAUCUAGGGGUAAAUAACUUGUUACCUACUGUUCCUACCAAUCUUAGCUUGCAUAGUCAGUGGUGUUGCAGUAAAAAAAAAAAAACACUUGUAAGGUCACAAUUAUACACUCCAGCUCUGAAUGUUCUAAGAUGUACUGUAUUUUGCUUACUGUAGCUAAUGUCCUUAUUACUAGGAUGAUUUUCCAACCCAGCUAAAAGGUAAUAAUUUGAUAAAUAGUUCUGCUGAAAACACCCCUUUCCCCUGGUGCUGUGUCAUCAGCUGCAGCAGGCACCAGUGCUUUUUUCCCCUGCUGUUUGCUCCAAUUUAUUUUUGGCUCCUUCAGUCUCCUUCUGUGUAACUGAAGGGGUGCUAAUAGAUUGGUGGUUUCUCCUUUGAGGAUAUAUUCUGAAGGCCCACUUGGCUUCUUUAGUGAAGAUGCUUCACUUUCCUUACCUACAGGUAGUAGUCCUAGCUCCAAAAUGUUGAAAUCUAAGAUGGGUGGGACUCAUCCAGCUCUCAAUAUGUUUUUGGUCUCCUGCUAGGCUGACUGGGGACUGUUGGCAUAAUUCCCAGCCCUGCAAUGGUAAUAUGUGACUGUGAGACAGUUUGUUAUGUAUGUUCUUUUGAGUUGGUAGGAAAGGGACAAUUAGGAUGCUCUGGCCUGUCAGAUCUUAACUUGAGAAUGGUAAUGUAUGUAUGCACUGUAUGAUCCUUUACUGUGUAUCUGCAGCUCCCAUCAUCCUUCACAAUUGGUUAUGUGGAGCAGGGAGUUGGAAGCUUCAGUCCCAACGUCAUCUGGAGUGGUACAAGUUUCCCAUCACUAGUGUAGUUGGGACUGAAAUCUCUGAGCCUGUGAAGGCAAUACUCACAUAAUGGGGUGGAAAUACUUUGCUCUCCAAACAUUUUGGACUACAAUCCCACAAGCCCUUAUCAUUGCCUAGGCUGGCCAGAACUUCUGUGAACUUAGUUCCAAAACAGAUGGAGGAACAAAGUUUCCCCAUGCUGCUACCGGGAUAACAUACAAGGUUUUUCUAGUUUGCAAUGGUUUCAUAGACAGCAGAUUUGCUUGACAUUUAUAUAUAUAUAUUGUUCAGCGUGCUAAAGUCUCCAUACCACCAGUUUGCGAUACCCUGUUUUCAAUGAAGCAUGUACAAGAAAGAAACUUGGAAGGAAAUCGAUGUUUCUCCUUCAGAGAUUUUUUUUCAAGCAUUUUCUGAUAUACUAAUUUUCAAUCUUCCUGCAUAUAGGCUAUGUCAUACCAGUGCCUCAUCCUGCAAAAGUGGUACAAUGGGUAUCAUCCUAAGAGAGGACAAGGUGGCCCUCCAGAUGUUGGGCUGUAACCCAUCACCAUAUAGCAAAUGGCAAAGGAUGAUGGGAAUUGUAGUCCAAUAUCUGGAGGACCAUCUUAUUCACCCCGGUUUUUAAAAAUGAGCUGGUGUGGGCUUUUGUAUAAGGGAUGGGUAUUUUCACUGGGGAAGAGCAGCUCUUUGAGAUAAGAUUUUUUGCAAGCUUCAUGUUUUUUUAAAAUAAAAAGAGCCCAGGAAGGGUUGGAAGCAGAACCAUUACAGAGCCCCAGCCUUGUAAUAUGUUCUGAUCCUGGAACGGUAGAACUGAAACCUCCCUGUCUCCUGUAGGUCUUUUUCCUGCAUGUCCUUGGCCCAUGUUCUGGUGAUCAGAGGUGUGUUUGAGCUGAAAUAUAAAAUGUGUGUCAUUUACACUACAUCCUGUUUCAGACCACUGUAGCUAAAGAAUAGUAGUACAGAGAAGAAGGGUUUUUUUAUUAUUCUAGGGCUGUUUCCUUGUGUUAUUUGUUAUGCAUUCAAAGAAUGGGAUAAACAACCCACGUGUAAAUCUAAAUGAAGAGAUGGAAACAAGGAAGAGGCAUAGAUCCCAGCUCUGAGCCUGCUACAGAGACAACAGCUAGGUUGCUGUCUGGCAGCAAUGGUGGACUGGCUGAUUACCACACUCCAUGGAAGAUGAACUAUUCACUUUCACCAUCUUGUACCUACUGGAUUCUAGAAAAAAGAAACAGCCUCUGCUUGGAAUUGCCCGGUCAGCCCCCAAAGUUCACUAUCACUCCAUUCUGUGCCCCAAGGAACAGCAGCAGCAAUAAGCUGGAGGGCCCUUGGAGGAGGGCGGGAGCUUUGCCUGCCGCUGUCCUGCUCCAUCCUCCCCACCCCCCUCCAGCUUUAAGAUCUGUGACUUUGUUAAACCACCUAUUAUCAAUAAACUGCCACUACUUCAGGUAAA